UGAUAUUAUGUGGAACCUUAUUUCAAUUAAUCCAAUCUGUUAAAGAAAGAAAAUUGUAAAUGAUCAAGAAAAGCUACUUUCUAAAUUAACAAACACGAGGAGCAGAAUAGACACAUCUGCACCUUGGAGACCGUCUCAUUCGCUUUCAAAAUGGAAUAACAAAUAUGCUCAUGGUAUCAACUUCAGUUAAUUGAACCUUAGCUGAGGAGAAUAAGAUAGUUUAUGAAAAUAAUAUAUUGUUGAAUAAGAUGGUUAAUAUUUAGAAAUAGGGAAACAAAAAUAUUUCAUCUAUGCCACAAAUACCUAAGUCGCAGUAAAUAACUAAAAGAGUUGAAAGAGAAAAACUGUAAAUGGAAAAUUUAGUAUUAUCUGAUAAUAUUGAAGUAACUACUGGACAGAUUGCAGACUGCUUAAGCCACAUACAAUAAACAGUUUUGGGUGCCAGAUGAUCAGAAAAAUCAAGCCUAUAAAUAAUUGCAUAGACCGAGUGAGAUUGUAAUUUAUAUAUUAGAAAUACAGCAGCAUGAUUACAGUGAAUUAGCAAGAAAGCAAUUAGGAUCGAGAUCAGCCGCAAGAUUUAAU